GUGUCUCAUAUCUGCUUCCCCCACGAACUCCCUCUCUCUCUCUCUGCUUAAUCCAAUUCUAACGCUUACUUUCGAAUUCGCCCCUCCAACUUUAAUUUAAUUACGUAAAUGUCCGGAACCUUAAUCUAUUCAGCCAGUAACUCCCUACGAUUCAAGCCAACCAAACUCCACAACAAAAACGCGAGAUUUUCCACCACCGGAACUACGUCGUUUAGAGCUUCCACACAGACUCUCAACGCGGAACCAGCUGUAACGGAAUCAGUUCGUCGUCGAGCGUCGAGUCUCUACGAACUGCUGAGCGUCGACGAAACGGCGUCGUUGACGGAGAUUAAGACGGCGUACCGGAGCUUAGCUAAGGUUCACCAUCCCGACGCAUCGGAAUCGGACGGACGAGAUUUCAUGGAGAUUCACAAAGCUUACGCGACGUUGGCGGAUCCGAUGACUAGAGCGAACUAUGAUUCGACGCUGGGAGCACGGCGGAGACGAGUGCAUGCUGGAUCAUCCAUGGGUCGGACGAGUCGGGUGUACCCGAUGACCCGGAGAUGGGAGACGGAUCAGUGUUGGUAGUUUAGUAGUAGAGGGCACUCUUUUUACUUUAUUUUCCCCUUUCGUUAUUUUUUAAGUAAGAGGGUAAAUUUUGAUCAAAAAAAAGUAAGAGGGUAAAUAAGUUUUUACCAGCCUUCUUUUAACAUGUGUCACGUAAGUUAUUAAUAGAGAGAUGUACAUUAUUUUAUUUUCUGCUUUAUACAAAAACAAAAGUUAAAACUUAAUACAAUGCGGGUUGGACUAUAUUGUAGAAAUUUUACAGUAAAUUUUAUUUUUUG